AGAUUUAGUCGAGCAACUUCGAACUUUACAACUCUCCUUGAACCAUCGCUGCAUCCGGAUCCACUCAUUCUCACAUUGCCAACAUGUCUUCACCACGACCAACCUCCCCAGUCAACUCUCCUUCCACCGGCUCGAGCACUGCUCGUCCCUCUUCUCCAAAGCCACCAGGUGGACCAGCGACUGCAAUCCGACGGAAAGCUGCGCAGGACAGAGCGGACAAGCUGGCAAACUCGCGACCAACAUCGACACGUGCCGCAGGUGCUGGUGGCAGCUCUAGCACUAUGCUGAGGCUAUACACGGAUGAGUCUCCUGGUCUGAAGGUUGACCCUGUUGUUGUGAUGGGACUGUCGAUCGGCUUUAUCAUCAGUGUGGUCAUCCUUCACGUACUCGCAAAACUCAUGAAGAGAUUCUCAUAAUAGAAAGAUUAAUGAAAUGGUGGAGAUGGAGGGGAGGACAGACAACGCUCGAUCACAAAGGAUACCAGCCAGCAAGCGAGCAAACACGUAUACCAUUGCACGAAGUGACGUGCUCUGGAAGAGAGCAUACAUGGCUAAGGGCGGGCUUUCAAUGCAUCUCUUAUAGCGACAUUCCCAAAUCCGAUAUAUCAGAGCGCAGGCAUGGUCUUAAAAGUUGUGUACGCAAUUUGGGUCAUGGUAGGGGCUUUCAUGUGUAUUAUAGGGCUCUCACCUUGAUGGCGCGCCAAAUUUAAUUUUGUUGCAUGAAAAUGUUACUGUUGAACAUACGAAACGUUCUGGAUGCUUCAUAACAUCCUAGUACAUCGAUACGAGCCCGUUAUUGGAUGACGAAUCGACUCUUGACAAAUGUAAAGACACAACGUGCCUUUGUCGACCUUAACUA